AUGCUAGGCAUGGUGAUCGAUGCUAUGAUUGAUACGGGAUCAGUGGUAUCAAUCGUCCCCCUUGGCCUACUGUUGGAGGCGAAGGAAGAAAAAGAUCGAUCUGGACAGUCUGAGGUGAAUGUGCAGGGAGCAGGGCAAGCCCGUGUGCAGUUACAUAUCCAAAGAAGCAAGGAUAAAAUAGUACUGCUAGGGACAAAUGCACUCCAAGCACUGAAUAUCCAUAUACAAGUGGGUGAGCCCAUAGUAGAAACAAGAACCCAGGACGAGAACGGUGAAUGCGGUGGCCCAGUGCGAGCAAUUCAUAGGCAUGUCAUCCCCGCGGGAGGGAUUUCUACAGUACCGGUCUCAGGCGCAGGAGUGGACGAGUGCAUAUUUUGGUCCAAUAAUGAUCGCAUUUCUUCCGGUGUACUGAAAGCGACAUGCGGCGAGGCUCUGGUAUCAGUUAGGAACAAUACUCACGAGCCUUGGGUCAUUCGCAAGGGUGAAACCCUAGGGAAAUGGGACAAAGAAGCAUGGUACGAUCCUAGGACACGGGAACUGCCUGGAGACAUGCUGGAACUGUCCCACAAACUUCCAGAAAUAGGGAGAAAUAGAGUCGAAGACCUAAUAAUCUUACUCAAUAACAACCGGAAGGCAGGUCAGCUACCUGAAGAAAUGGUGACGCUUGUAUCUGAAUAUGAGGAUGUGUGUGACAUGUUGGUCGACCUCAAGAAACGGGGCAUCAUUGAGGAUAGCUCCUCCCCGUGGGCCUCACCAAUAGUCCUGGUGGCCAAAAAGGAUGGAUCGAUUCGAUUGUGCGUUGACUAUAGGGAAGUUAACAAAGUGAUCAAGAAAGAU